UCUGAAAACAAGAUGGCCGCCGCAUCGCAGGCCAAAACAGAAACGAAAGAAAAGGUCGUGUACAGUCAAGAUGGUGUGUUUGUUCAUACUGCUGUCCCUACUACGACACACAGCGCUAAUAUCAUCCCUGGACGAGUCAGCCUGAUAGAAAAGGACAACAGUACAUUUGUUGAUUGGUCACCCUGUGAUUUCGGAGAUGAUGAUUAUGAACUGCAAAGUAGCGAUUAUUCUGAAUGGAAUCUGGUUACCCAGAACAAGCAAAAAGAUGAGAAGAAUAGUCCGAAGAAGAAAGAGAAAUCCAAAUAUGCCAUUCACUUUGAUAUCAAGAAACUUCAUUCCAUACGACGCUCAGAUCCAAGACUGGCAUGGUCGUAUAUUGUAUUUAUCUUAAAGGAUUCAAAUACAUUACCGGCGUUACACUUUCAUUCAGGCGGAAUAAUGAAUCUUAUCAGAAACUUGCAAAGAUAUAUCUGGAUAACAAGGUCAGCUACAAACCAUAAGCUGUUUUUAGUGGAUGAUGAACAGAAAGCAUUACGAAUGUCUUUAACCCAGUUACAGUUAUUUCCUGAGGGAGCCCCACAAACAUCAUAUAUAUCUCAUUUUUUUAAUGCUGCCUAUUACGAUGGUAUGGAUGCACUCUCCAAGGUCACAAAAUACUUCCGAGAUACCAUGGAUGUAAUGCAAUCAGGGCCAAACCUUGCAGAGAUGGAUGAUCCUUUGGUGAUCAGUACAACUUCACCAAGGAAAGAUGCAGAAUUUGAGGAUCUGGGAGAAGCAACUUCUCUUUCUGAGAGGAACAUUCCACAUCGGCGUUGCCUUGGAGAAGUUCCUAUGGUCAGCCGAGAAGAGCCUCUGAGGGAAGAAGGUUGGAAGUCAAUGCUGGACAGUAAUGGCCGAGUUAUCAACAUAAAAAAGCUGCAUGAUAAAGUAUUCAAAGGGGGAAUUGAUAAAGGUUUAAGGAGAGAAGUCUGGAAGUAUUUGUUAGGUUAUUACAAGUAUGGAUGCACGUUCCAGUCAAGAUUUGCUCUGAACAAAGCUAAAGAAGAGGAGUACAGAACUAUGAAAACACAAUGGCAAACUAUAUCAGCCAAGCAAGAGAAACAUUUCUCAGAAUACCGUGAAAGAAAACAACUUGUUGAGAAAGAUGUAAUGCGGACAGAUCGUACUCAUCCGUACUACAUCGAGGAACCUAACAACAAAAACAUUACAACAUUGAAUAAUGUCCUAAUGACAUACUGCAUGUAUAACUUUGAUUUGGGUUACGUGCAGGGAAUGAGUGAUCUGUUAUCACCAGUUUUGUUUAUCAUGGAUAAUGAAGUGGAUGCUUUCUGGUGCUUCGUUGGAUUGAUGAAGAAAGUGGCUCACAACUUUGACGAGAAUCAGGAAGGAAUGAAGAUGCAGCUUCACCAGCUCGCUGUACUAUUGAAGUUUGUUGAUCCUUUGUUCUACAGUUAUCUAGAGCAACAUGAUUCUGGCAACCUUUAUUUCUGUUUCCGUUGGCUGAUUAUCAACUUUAAAAGAGAGUUUCAAUAUGAUGAUAUCAUGACACUAUGGGAGGCCAUGUGGACUCAGAAUCUGUCGCCAAACUUUCAUCUGAUAAUUUGUCUGGCUAUCUUGGACAAACACAGGCAACUCAUCAUGGAAAUGAACUUCGGUUUUAAUGAAAUCCUUAAGUAUAUCAAUGAACUCGCUUACCAAAUUGACGUCAAUGAAACGCUCAUUGGAGCCGAGACUCUUUGUCUUCAACUUCUGGCUCAUCCAGAGCUGCCCGAGGAGGUCCGGGCAAUAGUAACUGGAAGAAACGUGGCAGUGAUGACCCCGGAUAUAGAGAAACCAGACCCGCUACUCUUACGAAUGCACGGCCGGGAUGUUUCCAGACUUCUCCCGGUUACCGAAGAACGAGGCCCUGAGCAGAGGAAUGGUGCUAGUAAUGGAAAUGAUCUCUGUUCAUCAGUUAUUAAUGAUCUUAGUAUUGUUAGUGUUCAUGAGGAUGGGACAUGUCAUGAUAUCUCGUCCAAGCCCCUCACCAAUAAUGUCCCUCUAAAUGUUCAGACAAAUGGCUCUGACGACGAGAUCAUCGUUCUCUCUGAAGAAGCGGAGAAUAUUUUUUAAAUGUCUUCCAGCUGAUCUAAAAUAGUGACGUAGAAAUGACGUCACUGCAAAACUGAGGCGUCACGAAAAUAUAUAUAUAUAUAUCUCAUUAAUUAUCGUGUCAUUGUUUUCAACCUCUCAUUAGGAACGUCAUUUUUUUCAUUUGGUGGCCUGAAAAUCAAUAAUUUCGAGAAAAAAAGUGACAGCGCAGUUUUGCAAAUUUUUUUCGAUUCUGAUUGGCUGACAUUUUCGCAGCUGGUUGGAAAAGCUCUCUUCAGGCACAAUAAUUAAAGGCGAUGUUGACUGCAGAAGAAAAAAUUCGGUCUUGGAAAAUAAAGCCGUGUAAUGAUAGAGGAUGACCCAAGCUAUCCUAUCAUGCAUCGCAUUAACAUUCAGUGCUUCUUACUUUACAUUUUGGGGGUCUUUCAUAAGAAUAAUCCAUAAUCCAUUAAAUAGCUUAUCAAGGAUGUAAAACCAAAGAGAAAAUAAUCAAUUGAAAGCACAGCAAAUUGGACAAGAAAAAUAGUUAAAGCAUCUCUUUUACGGCAAACAUGAACUUAGCUUGACAAGUAAUGAAUUUAGAAUUAGUGAAACAGAAUGUCAAAAAUCUCCAAGUGGUACUAUAGUUGAAGAAAAGAAUAUUUGUCUAUAAAUGUGAUGUUUGCCGUUUGCGGGAAGAAAUAACAUGGACUUAUUCUGUCUUAUAGUCGUACCUAAAAAAUAAUUUAUAAUAAAAGAUGCUUUAAGAUAGAAGCAAUGAUA